AUGCGGCUGAACAUACUCUAUGGAUCGGCGCUUUUGCUCGUACCCGUCGCAUCUGCAUUGGAGACCACUGUAGACCUUGGAUAUACGCACUAUAGAGGUCGUGAGCUCUCAAAUGGCAUCGUGCAAUGGCUAGGGAUGCGCUACGCUGCUCCUCCACUCGGUAAGUUGCGCUUCGCUGCACCAGAGGAUCCAGUGGCCGCAAAGGGGGUUCAAGAAGCCAACAAGCAUGGCUCGAUAUGUAUUCCAACUGGAAAAUACUCCGUGACCUCCAAAAAGAUAUCUGAAGAUUGCCUCUUCAUUGAUGUUUUCGCGCCCAAGGGCGCGUCUCGGCUGCCCGUGUUCUUCUGGAUACAGGGGGGUGGUUUCAAUGUGAAUUCCAAUGCCAAUUAUAAUGGCACCGGUCUGAUCAAGGCGUCCGACAUGGGCAUUGUUGUGGUCACUUUCAACUAUCGAGUCGGCCCUUACGGCUUUCUUGCUGGCGAAGAGGUCGUGAAAGGCGGCAGCCUGAAUAACGGUCUCAAGGAUCAGGUUAAGGCAUUGAAGUGGGUCCAGAAACAUAUCAGCAAGUUCGGCGGCGACCCCAAACAUGUUGUCAUCGGCGGUGACAGUGCGGGAGCAGCCUCGAUUACCCUCCUGCUGUCAGCUCAUGGUGGAAGGGACGAUGGCUUAUUCCACGCUGCGGCCGCGGAAUCGCAAAGCUUCGGCGGUAUGCUCACGGUGAAGGAGAGCCAGUUUGCAUACGACAAUCUAGUCAAGCGCACAGGCUGUGGCAAAGAUGCCGAUACCCUCGCAUGUCUGCGGAAACUCGACAUAGACACCCUGCAAAAGCAAAAUUUCAACACUCCAUUGCCAGGGGCGCAAAAGCCACCGCUCUACAUGUACGGACCAACUAUCGAUGACGACCUCGUGCCGGAUUAUACAUAUCGUUUAUUCCACCAGGGCAAAUUCAUCAAGGUCCCCGUGAUCUUCGGCGAUGACACGAACGAAGGCACCAUCUUCGUCCCCAAACACGUCGCUGACGUCGCCGAAGCAGACACAUUUCUCCAAUCCCAGUUUCCCAAACUCACACCCGACCACCUCAAAAAGAUCAACGAGCUGUAUCUGAAAGAAAACCAGACACGGCCAUUUCCAAACGCUACUUCCUGGUGGAGACCCGCAAGCAACGCCUACGGCGAAUUGCGCUACAUCUGCCCCGGCAUCGACAUGUCUGCCGUCUACGAGAAGGCCGGAGUCAAGAGCUGGAACUACCACUACGCCGUAGACGACAAGGAGGCCCGAACCUCCGGCGUCGGCGUGUUCCAUACCGUGGAGUGCAACGCCAUCUGGGGACCGCCGUAUGUGAACGGGGGCGCGCCCAAGUCCUAUAGCACCACGAACGCUCCGAUCGUUCCGGUCAUGCAGGGCUACUGGACGAGCUUCAUCAAGACCUUCGACCCCAACACGCAUCGCGCCCGAGACAGUCCGGAAUGGAAGACCUGGGGUGAUAAGGGCGGCUAUAGCCGCAUUUUCAUCAAGACGCACCAGACGAAAAUGGAGCAGGUUCCGGCCGACCAGAGGGAGAGAUGUAAAUAUCUGACUGGUAUUGGGGUUGCUCUGGGUCAAUAA